GACGGCCCAGAGGGCGCAAAGAGCGACGGCCCCGCCUAUCCCACGAAGUGGUGGGAAUGGACCAAGAAGCAGGCGAUCUUCGCUAGGGCAUGGCAUCCCGAGCAGGACUUCAAAGACUGCAAGAUGAUAUACAACACCCUCAACGGCCUCGGCGUCUGGAAGGAGUGCUGCUCUUUCUGGGGCGGGAAGGUGAAGUUCGAGGAUUCGGCCAUGAAGCAUCGCAGCAUCAUCAUCAAUUUGUGCUACUUCACUCGGUUGAUCGAUAACUUCUUCCUCGCGCCCCUUGGCAGGGAGACGUGCGCCGAGCUAGUGAUGGCGGCGCUGCCAUUCUUCACCCCGUUGACGAGCGACACUUUCGUGGAGACGUCUGCUGGCGCGCUCGUGGCCCAUUGGGCAUUCGACCAGUCUGGCAAGGAGUUCGAGAUGCUGAUGGACAACCUCAAGUACGAUUUGACGGAAUCAGCAACGCACAAGAAGAUGAAGAAGCUCGCCGAAACUGCUUCCGAUAAGUCCACUGAGCUCCAGGAGCAAGUGGAUGAGCUCAAGGAGGACGCCAGACAGAAGCAGGCCCUUGCCGAUCGACCUCAGGCAACCAAAAAGCAGAAAGCAGAAGCCAGGAAGGCAGCCAUGUCGGCAGUGAAGGCCGCGCAGAAACUUGAGUUGUCAAGCAAGCCGGUCGAGUUGCACAGCUGGGCGGAGACUGUCGAGGUGAAAUCAGGCCCGCUGGGAUUGGGGGUUUGGGACCAGGAGCUAGGCAGCAAGAGGAAGCUGCGCGGCGUCUCGGCCUGCGAGGAUUACGUCUUCCACGUCAGAGGUAUGCUUGAUCACUUCGACAAGGACGGGGUCGGCGAGAACAUUAAGAAGUCGCUGCGCCGCGUGGCAUACAACUUGAUGUACAGGCUCCUGUGGAAGAAGCAUAGGCCUGGUCCUUCUAUCCGUGGGAAGGCCAUCGAAAAGUAUUCCAUCUUGCGCUCCGAUGUGCUUGCCCUGAUCGAGCGGCCCAUGCAACUGCUGCCUACCGGCGAAGGCGGUGGGGCGCUGACCGCCGCGGCGCUCGCAGAUAAGUUGCUGGAAGAUUGCACGAAGGAGGCUUCGGAGAAGCUGGCGGAGGACCUCAUGAGAAGAUGUGCCGGGGCCAUGCGUGCCUUCUGCAAAGCGAUUGACUUCCUCUCGGAGACGCCUCUGUCCGAGCGCCCCAUUUUCGGCAUGAUGAAGACUGCUUUCAGCGAGGCCGUCGGCGAUCGUGACAAGUUCGACUCCCAGGGCCGCUCUGACCAGAUCAAAACCGUUGUGCCCGCCCUUGCGGACGUUAUAGACAGCCGCGCCAUCAAGUUCAAGUGGGCCCCAGCUUUCAAGGCGAUCUGCACGGCCAUGCAGGACCACGAGUGCAAGCGCGGGUCGGAUGACAUCCAGGCGAUCAAUGAGUAUUUCGGCGGCCAGUCGGAGGUCGUGACGAACAUGAUGGACUUCAGGACCGGUGCUGUGGUGGAGCUCCUCGAGUACGCCAACAUGGACCUGUUCGCGGAAUUUGGCAGGUGCCUCAAGGAGAAAGGUCAGCUCCUGUUCGACGAGGUGGCCUUGGUGGACACUUUCUCUUCGAGGGCGCAGUUCAUCCAGCUUUGGUCUCGGCUUCUCGCGCCGCGGAGCACCGGCGAAGAUUCUGUCGAUGUCGAUGUCGAUGCCAUCUUUGCCGCCUACGUCAAGAUCGCCCGCGACUACGCCACUGCGGAGAAGAUCUCGGACGCCGACGGCAAGCUGAUAGCCGUGAAGGAGGAGCCGGAGGCGGAGGUCGACUCGCAAACCAAGGCGAGGAACUUCUUCCAGCACGUCGUCGACACCGCGAACGCGGCUUCGUUCGAGGCCCGCGAUGCCGAGAUGGGCGGGCUCGACCUGCUUGUCGAUACGAACGGGAAGAGGUUGCGUCUGUGCACUCGGGAGGCCCAAGGAUUGACGCUCAUCCUAGGUGGCAACGUUGUCUCCGGCGCCGCUGCUGACAAGGUGUCGUACCUACUGACGACGUUCAUGGACACCGAGUUCUGGGUAUCAGGUCGAACCUGA